AUGUCUUCAGGAGAAAAUAUAAACGAAGUCGCAUGUUCGUUAAUCGAAAUGAAAGAUAAGGAUUUCAAAAGAAACUAUGUUCGAAAAAAAUUCAAAAAUCAAAAAAAUAUCGAAUACGGUAGAAGUGAUGUUAUUUCCGAAGUUAAAAAAGGGAAUGUAGAUAGCUCAAGGAAGACACAAUCAUCUUCCAAAAGAGAAAAGGCGAAUGAGGUGUCGCAAACACGUUCAAAGACAUCCAAAAAAACAGUUAUUGAACAACCAAAAGUGAAGCUGAGGGUUAAGGUCAAAACUGUAAGUAAGAAACGUGAACUAUCUGAUGAAGAUGAUUCAGAUUUUCAGAGUCGUCCUGGAUCUUCAAAGAAACCAAAGAGAGAAACUAAAGUUUUGAAGAAAUAUAAAAAAUCUGUUGUUAUAAAAGAAUUUCCUUCAUUGAAGAAUAGAUGUUCACCCGGGUCAUUGUUGGGUGUUAUUCAAGGUUUAAGUAGAGAACAGAAGGAUUGUGUUAGGGCUAUGGGAUUUGGGAGUUUGUUAGGGAUGAAGAUGAUUGACGUACCGUUGAAGAUUGUUUAUUAUGUUCUUGAUCAUUUUAAUUUUGAAUCUUUGAAGGUGGAGUUUGAUAAUUGUGAAGUUAGUGUUGAUAGUAAGUCUGUUCAAGAGAUGUUAGGAUUACCAUCUGGUGGCUCAUUACUUUCAAACAUGGAUUACAUUUCGGAGAAUAAUGAAGAGAGCUGUAUGUUUGAGUGGAAGAAAAGUAUGAAAAUAUUGAUAAAUUGA